UCGGCUCGGCGGUCUCUGUCAUAGCCGUCUUGUCUGAAGAGAAGAACCAUCCGGAUCUCACAUUCUAACUCCUGAAUGACCUCGAAUUCAGGGCUCCGGCUCUGACCUCGGGAUUUCUGGAUCCAUGCCAACGGGGGAGCCGCCGCCCCUCAAGAAGAUGCGCGCCGCCGACGGCGAGGGCGAGGGCGGGAGCCAGGUUCACCUGGACGAGGGCAUGGUGGGCGAGAUCCUGCUGCGGCUUCCGGCAAGGUCCGUCCUGCGCUGCCGCGCCGUCAGCACGGCCUGGCGCCGCGUCGCCGACUCCCCGGAGUUCCUCGCCGCGCACGCGCUCCGCCGCCCCAUCGAGGUGCUCCUGUACACCAGGCCCGUCCACGGCUGCGGCGAGGAGGAUCUGGGCCUCGACGCGCUGGCCGUCGUCUCCGGAUCCGGUGACCGCGACCGGCGCCGGCGGCUCGCGAGCAUCCCGGCGAUGCCCCACCGCUGCGGGCCCAGGCCCUGCUGUUGUCUGCUCGCUUCCUGCGACGGGCUUCUUCUACUUGGCCAUGGCCGCGGCAACGAGUUCCAGCCGUACGCGUCCUACCUCGUCUGCAACCCGGCCACGCGGCAGUGGACCCAGCUCCCGCGCGUCACCGCCGAAUUUGCCGCUGCCGGCAAGCGGCCCGGGCAUGGCCCCGCCCGUCUCGAGUUCCGGGAGUCCGGGUUCUACCACCACGCGCCGUCCGGGGAGUACAGGCUCCUCUGCCACGUCACGCCGGACGGCGGCGCGCAGGCGCCGUACUACUGCGUCCUCUCCGCCGGCGCCGGAGAGCCACGGCGGCUGAUGCACGCCACACGCAUAGAGCAGACCAUGGCCAUCGUGCCAGGCUCCGACCCACCGAAGCUGCAGUUCUGGAACUUCGAGAACCUCAUGACGCCCGCGGCGCUCGGCGGGCGCCUGCACUGGCUGCAGCACAUGGAAGCCGGGCUCACGGAGUCCAUGGUGGCGUUCGACACCGAGGCAGAGACUUUCUGCCGAAUGCCGCCACCGCCCGUGGCGUGCAAGGGGCACUCCCGCCUGCUCAUCGCGGACAGGGACACGCUCAUGGCGGCCGAGCUCGGUGACCUAGCGUUCAACCUGUGGGCGCUCGAGGGCUACACCGGCGGCAGCGAUGAGAUGACUAGUUGGGUGCUCCGGCACCGCGUGGAGGUGUCGUGGCGCGCGGAGAGGCCGUCGGUGGUAUCUGACGUCGGAGACGGAUCGGGCGACGUCGUCCUGGGCUCGAGCUACGGCGUGGUGGCAUACAACGUGAGGAGCGGCGCGGCGAGACGGGUUGUCAUCGAUGACGAGGAGGAGGAUGUGUCGGAGAGGAGCGACGACGAGAAGCUUCUCUUGUCGCGGAGCGUGCUCAAGGAGAGCCUCGUCCGGCAUGGGUUCUUCGGUGCAAGGCCGCACCCCGGCUUGCCAUUGUUCAAUGCUUAGAACGAUCGGGCUUAACAGGAUUCCACCGACAAGGAUCGACAUGGGAAUGGCCUGGCGCCAUGGGAGAGGAGCUCGGCCUGCGGCGGCGAGGGCGGGACUGGUGGUUUACCUGUAUCUCAGGAUGUCACUCUUAUCAAGAGAAACAAGUCAGAAUGACAAAACUGAUGCUGCUGAAACCUGAAAUCUCAUCUGUUAUUUGCAAGUCUGAAACUCUCAUCUGUUUAUUUGCAAGUCUGGAACUCUCAUCUGUUAUUUGCAAGUCUGAAACUUUAUCUGUCGUGUGCUUGGGCUUUGGAUAUGGUUCCAUUUUGAUGUUGCUCAGCGGCUUUUGUCAGCCUUAUGAUGCUGGACAUUUGUGGGUACUUGCGCCAGACAGGCCGAGAUGAUCGGAGACAGCAGCCAGCGACACAGCUUGCUAUGAUAUGCUCUCUUCAACUCCCUUUUAGUCACAGAAAUAAUUUAGUCUUGUCGCUGGCAGGAAAUUUGCUGCAGCAUUGGCCACUGAACACAGUCCAUGAUUGUUACCAAGGUACUAACCCAUGCAUUUGCCAUUAUUGCAUGAUUUGAUUCAGCUUAUUUGUACAAUCUAAGCAUAAGUAUUACCGAAGAACCAAAAGCCAGACAUGCAGAAGAUGGAGUCUGGAAGUGUUGCACGAGUUGGGAAUGAGAGGUGGUCCAGCUUCUCAAGAGUAGACCACCGUGCUGUCUUUAUUGUGGAUUCGUGGUAUACUGUUGUCGGUACUGAUGGAAGAACUGUGUGACCAAGAAUUGCAUUUUGUUUUGUCAAGAGUUUCAGCCGGUGCAUGUUUGAAUUGGACGUGUGAUAUGACUGCAUGAGGAUUCAGAACUGCAUUUUUCUUUUGAAUUGAAGUUACACUGACGGAACAUGGUAGCGUUGCAUUUUGUCACCAUUCUGAUUCACUGGAGGAUAUGGAAAGAAUCGUAAUGCUCGUAUUUUUCAGCAGGAAUUAUGGCCAGCAGAUCAUGUAUUUGAGCUUAUUUUAGAGGACCUUCAGACUUGGAGAACCGUUGGCUGUAUUACUUUUUGAGUUCAGGCCUCCUGUAAUAAUGUCUUAGUGCUGCUAGCAGUGGUCUGUAGCUUCUGUAGAUUGUUUUCUUUCUUCAGGUCUGUUGUUUCUGAAGGUUGUUUUCUUAAGCCUGAUACCUUGUAACCGGCUCUUGUACUUGUCCUUUCUUCUCUUAAUAAAGUUCGGCCACAGGCCCUUCGAGUUGCA